AUGAAUGCAAAAGCCUCUUUUUCCUUUGAUGCUUUUAUGAAGCUCGCGUUUUGUCUGGAAGGUCGAGACAAAUUAUCAAAGAUAUUGCAAUAUGGCAGUCGAGGACUGGCAUUUUAUAUCCUCUCGGCUGACCCAAAGAGUGAUGUUGGACAACGACUUCAUGCUCUCUAUAAGAUCAUGCAACAGUCUAGGAAGGCUUUUCGAUUAGGAAAAAGUCUGGUGUACUAUAAGAAGCUACAAAUGCUGUCCAAUAAUAAGAAUCUGACCGAGGGACAGCGAUAUCUGCACUUUGUCCAGAACGUGGCUAUGCUGGGCUAUUUUAUCACGGACAAUAUAGCGUUUGCCACCAAGGCCAAGGUCUUACGCUUUGAUGCUGAUAAACUAGUGUCUCGUGGUGGCAUGAUGUGGUUUUGUGCCAACCUAGCGGGUUUCUUCAAUGCCAUGGACAACCUGAAUGCCGAUGUGGAAAAAGAAAAGUGUGUUCGGACCAUUUUGGCUUCGGAAGAGGAUAUUAUGCGCGUGGAGACGUUACAACACCAGCUGGAAACAUUGAGAAGUGAUCGCUGCAAGAAGCUGCUUGCAGUGCUCAAGGUGACAUGUGACCUCAUCGUGUCAUCCAACACGAGCGGAGUGAGGCUGUCGGAGCGAAUUACUGGCACCAAGCUGCAUGACGGUGUAAUUGGUCUGGUCGGUUGCAUGUCGGCAGCAGUCGUGCUGUACAACACGUGGCCUGACGCACCGAAAGAGACGGUGCGCAAGAACGAUACCAAGGCACAGACAAAGACUGAAGCCAAGUCUGAAGCCAAAGAUGAGACAAACUAA